GCAGCGCUGCACGCAGUGCCCACCUGUGUGAGCCAAGAUGCCCGAUACCAUGCUGCCCGCCUGCUUCCUUGGCCUGCUGGCUUUCACCUCUGCCUGCUACUUCCAGAAUUGCCCGAGGGGUGGCAAGAGGGCCAUGUCGGACUUGGAGCUGAGACAGUGCCUCCCCUGCGGCCCCGACGGCAAGGGUCGCUGCUUCGGGCCCAGGAUCUGCUGCGGGGACGAGCUGGGCUGCUUCGUGGGCACGGCCGAGGCGCUGCGCUGCCAGGAGGAGAACUACCUGCUGUCUCCCUGCCAGUCGGGCCAGAAGGCGUGCGGGAGCGGCGGCCGCUGCGCCGCCGCGGGCAUCUGCUGCAGCGACGAGAGCUGCGAGACGGAGCCCGAGUGCCGCGAGGGCGGCCGCCGCCCGGGCCGCGUCGGAGAGCGGAGCAACGGCACGCUGGCCGGGCCCACCGGGGCGCUGCUGCUGCGGCUGGUGCAGCUGGCGGGCGCGCGCGAGCCCCAGCCCGGGCCCUACUGA